AUGGCUUCUCCGACCGACGUGGAUGGAAAUGGCAUCACGAUACUGGGUAGAGUAGUCACUAGAGUUGAGCCUUUAGACAAAGCGGAUAUUGCACCCUUCAUACUGUCGCUCAUGGCUCUAAAGAUGACGGCCAACAGUCCAGCCUCGGCUUGGGCAAAUGAAUCAAUUUUUGCAUGGAUCAUGGGGUCCAACUGGCUUAGGCAGCGUAAUGCAGUACCUACGCUUCUAGAUGCUUUAAGCCACUCUUAUGACCCAGGAGAAUACAAUUUGAGGGGCGUCGCCACUCUACCAGAUAUCCUGGAUAUGUUUCUACUUUUUAGAAGCUUUCCGGAACUUGCGAAGGGUACUUUCAAAUGCGAACAAAACCGAAUGGCAAAAUGA